AUGGCUCUCAGCGAUUGCUGGCUCCAGAGCGUGUCCUGCAACUUCUCCAAUCACAGUCUGGAGCUCCCCGUGAGCGAGGACUGGUUCCACCCGGGGGUCCUCUAUGUCAUCCCGGCCAUCUACGGGGUCAUCAUCCUGAUAGGCCUCGUGGGGAACAUCACCCUGAUCAAGAUCUUCUGCACCGUGAAAUCCAUGCGCAACGUGCCGAACCUCUUCAUCUCCAGCCUGGCUUUGGGAGACCUGCUCCUGCUGGUGACCUGUGCUCCCGUGGAUGCCAGCCGGUACCUGGCCGACAGAUGGCUGUUUGGUAGGGUCGGCUGCAAGCUGAUCCCCUUUAUACAGCUCACCUCGGUGGGGGUGUCUGUCUUCACCCUCACGGCUCUCUCCGCAGACAGGUACAAAGCCAUCGUCCGGCCAAUGGAUAUCCAGGCUUCUCAUGCCCUGAUGAAGAUCUGCCUCAAAGCCGCAUUGAUCUGGAUCAUCUCCAUGCUCCUGGCCAUUCCAGAAGCGGUGUUUUCUGAUCUACAUCCUUUCCACGAGGAGAGCACCAAUCAGACCUUCAUCAGCUGUGCCCCAUACCCACACUCCAAUGAGCUGCACCCCAAAAUCCACUCCAUGGCUUCCUUUCUGAUCUUCUACAUCAUCCCACUGUCGAUUAUUUCUGUCUACUACUACUUCAUUGCCAAAAAUCUGAUCCAGAGUGCUUACAAUCUGCCUGUGGAAGGGAAUAUACAUGUCAAGAAGCAGAUUGAAUCCCGGAAGCGCCUUGCCAAGACAGUGCUAGUGUUUGUGGCCCUCUUUGCCUUCUGCUGGCUCCCCAACCAUGUCAUCUACCUGUACCGCUCCUAUCACUACUCCAAGGUGGACACCUCCAUGCUCCACUUUGUCACCAGUAUCUGCGCCCGCCUCCUGGCCUUCACCAACUCCUGUGUCAACCCUUUUGCCCUCUACCUGCUGAGCAAGAGUUUCAGAAAGCAGUUCAACACCCAGCUCCUCUGUUGCCAGCCUGGCCUAUUAACCCGAUCUCACAGCACCGGCAGAAGUACCACCUGCAUGACCUCUCUCAAGAGUGCCAAUCCCUCUGCAGCCACCUUCAGCCUUAUCAAUGGAAACAUCUGUCAUGAGGGGUAUGUCUAG